AUGUCGUCGACGACCUCUCUGCCGACGCCACGGCAGCUCCUCACAUCAAUCCUAAACGGCGCGGGCACCCUACCACUACAACCACUGCCACCACCCCCUCCUCCGUCUUCCUCCUCCGCGAACCCGCUCAGACACCUUGACCAGACCCGCCGCCAUCUCUUUGCCACACUCCACGUCCUAUUCCCGUCCUUACUCCUGCCCGCCCUGGAUCUACUCGACAGGGGCCUCGUCACGCGCCUCCUCCACCACCACCUCCCUCUUGAUCGCCAUGCGGUAGGACAACAGGCGGCCCACUCCUCUCGGUACAGCCGCCCCUCACCACCACCAAGCGUCUACGUCGUCCGUUCGGCUCAGAAGAAAGCCUUCCGCCGCGGAUUGUCGUCCGAAGGAGAGGCAGUGUCCGGACAGGGGGUGUACCUCGUCCACACGGCGGCAUGGAGCUGCACCUGUGCGGCGUUUGCCUUCUCGGCCUUUUUGCCCGCGGCUGGCCAUGGCUCGCACCAUCAUCAUCAGUCUCCCUCUGUGCGGCCUCUUCCUUCUGUUGGCAGGGCGGAUGGUGUGGCGACGGUGGAUGCAGCCGGGCAGCUAGGAGAUGGUGACACAUUGGACAGCUGUGGGUUUGGGGGGUUGAGUCUUGAGGGGACGGAGGAUGAUGGGGGUGGGAUGCCGCCUUGUUGUAAGCACCUGCUGGCGUGCGUCUUGGCAGAGAAAUGUCAUGCUCUUUUUGGGCGGCAUGUGAAUGUGCGGACGGUUGGGAGGGAGGAGAUGGCUGGAAUCUUUGCGGAUGUGUGA